CACUUCCGGAGGCCACAGCUGGUCCCGCCUACUUCUUGCUCUCUGCCGUCCCUCCUUUUGAGUCUCUCCUCCUGCCAGCAGCAGACCUCCGCUCUGACAACUUUCUCCUCGGCUUUACGCAAAGACAGUCAUUUCCCGCCGCCACCACCAUGUCUGCUGGUAAUGCUAAGAUUGGCGAGACCGCCCCAGACUUCACAGCCACAGCUGUUGUUGAUGGCCAGUUCAAGGACAUCAAGCUGUCAGACUACAAAGGAAAGUAUGUGGUCUUCUUCUUCUACCCCCUGGACUUCACAUUCGUGUGUCCCACUGAGAUCAUUGCUUUCAGCGACCGGGCCGAGGAGUUCCGCAAGGUCGGCUGCGAGGUCAUCGGCUGCUCCGUCGACUCUCACUUCAGUCACUUGGCAUGGAUCAACACACCGAGGAAGCAGGGAGGUCUGGGUAACAUGAAAAUCCCCCUUGUGGCAGACCUCACCAAGGAGAUCUCCAGACAGUACGGUGUGCUGAAGGAGGACGGCGGCAUGGCGUACAGGGGUCUGUUUGUGAUCGACGACAAGGGCAUCUUGAGGCAGAUCACCAUCAAUGACCUGCCUGUGGGUCGCUCUGUGGAUGAGACUCUGCGCCUGGUCCAGGCCUUCCAGCACACUGACAAACAUGGAGAGGUGUGCCCCGCCGGCUGGAAACCAGGAAGUGACACCAUCGUCCCCGACGUGGAGAAGAGCAAAGCCUUCUUCUCCAAGCAGUAAAUGUGAAGAUCUUCUAGCCGACUUCCUAACAAUAGCACUUGCCUUCAGCUGAGGUUUCCCUGUGAAGCAGUGUCUCAUGGCGUCCAAUCUAAAAACCCAACCAAACCCCGAAACUUCUUAGAUCAACCUUUUGUUGCAAGUCUUUCUUGUACGUCCAAUGUACAAUUGGUGGGGCGACCUCAUAGUCUCAAGCACUGAAACUAUAGUUGUUUGUUUCCUUUUUCAGAAAAAAGUAUUGCUAUUUUUCCUUGCUGUAACUUAAUAAUUUGCUACCAUCUUUUAUUAAAGCAGUGGAAAAAGUG